AUGGCGGCGGCGGACAGGCCCGGGCCGGCCGCGCUGGAGGCGGAGCAGCGCGUGCGGGCCUGGGCAGAGGCGCAGAGAGAGCGCGGGCGGCGCGUGGCGCUGGUGACGUCGGGCGGGACCCAGGUGCCGCUGGAGGCGCGGGCCGUGCGCUUCCUGGAGAACUUCAGUAGCGGGCGGCGCGGGGCGGCCUCGGCCGAGCGCCUGGUGUGCGCCGGCUACGGCGUCUGCUUCCUGCAUCGCGCGCGCUCCGCCUUUCCCUGGGCGCGCGCGCUGCCGCCGCCGGGUCCCGCCCUCCUGGACGCUUUGCGCGUCCACACGGGGCCUAGCGUCACCGCCGACCCAGCCGCGCUGCCGGGGCUCGUGCCCGCGCUGCUCGGCUACCAGCACGCCAAGAAGACAGGCGCGCUCCUGCCGCUCGAGUUCACCAGCCUCACCGAGUACUUGGCGCUGCUGCGGGCUGCCGCCAGAGCCCUGGCGCCCUUCGGCUCCAGUGUGAUGUUCUACCUGGCAGCCGCCGUAUCAGAUUUCUACAUCCCAGCAUCAGAGAUGUCUGAGCACAAGAUCCAGUCCUCUGAGGGCCCCCUGCAGAUCACAAUGAAGAUGGUGCCAAAAAUGCUGUCUCCUCUAGUCAAAGAAUGGGCCCCUGAAGCAUUUGUUAUUUCCUUUAAAUUGGAAACUGAUCCCUCUAUCUUAAUUGAUAAAUCACGGAAGGCGCUGGAGACAUAUCGUCAUCAGGUGGUGAUAGCAAAUGUUCUUGAUUCACGGAGAACAUCUGUUCUUCUUGUAACCAAAGACUCUGAAACUAAAUUAUCACUUUCUAAUGAAGAAAUAGUACAAGGCGUGGAAAUAGAGGAGAAGAUAGUAAGCCAUCUUCAGUCUCAACACACGGCAUUUAUAGAUAAACACUCUGAAAGGAAGGGACCAGCUUAUUCUAGCUCUGAAUUAUCAGAAACAAAUUGAACUUUGAGGGUGUGAAUGGAACUGGAGGAACUCUCUAUUACAGUAAAUGGGGGGGGGACCAUCUGAGGCAUUAUGUUUGAGGUAAAAAGUGUGAACAUCCACCAUAAUUUGGCUCAUACAUGACUACAUAAGUUAUUUGCUGCUUAUGUUAAAAAAAACCAAAAAACUGAAAUGAAAACAUUCCCCUAA